AAUUAAAUAAAAAAGAAUUACAAAACAGUAUAUAAAUAAUAAAAGAUAUAUUGUUAGAAAAAGUAAAUAUGCAGACAAGAAGGAAAUGUUCUCAAUCUUAUAAGACAAAAAUUACAAAAGGAAAUUCUAAUCUUAAAAAAGAAAAUUUAUCAAUACAAUAUAAAAAUUUACAAUCAAAGUUAGGAUUGAAAGAUCUACGUAUCAUCUUGCGUGAUAUUGCUGCAGACAAUUUAAUUCCAUCACAUCAGCAGUAUUUGAUUACUAAAAAAAUUGACUCAGCAAAGGCAAAUAAUAAAUGUAAAAUAAAUACAAAUAAAAAGACCAAUCCAAAGAAAGGAAAAUCUUCAGUUAAUGGUAAAAGAAAAUUAAUACGUUCUAAAGUUAAAUACUCUUCUAAAACUAUUAAAAAAAAAUCUUCCUCAAGAACUAUUAAACAACAUGGCUCAAAGAAAAAAAAAGAAACAAAAGAAAAAAUAAACAAACAAGUAAAUGUUGAUACAAAUCCAUCGUAUACAAAAGAACAAGAAACUUAUUUUGUUAAACCUUUAUUUUCUAUUGAUAAUGACAAUAUAGAAAAAUAUAAAUUAGAUAUAAAUGAUACUGUUGAAUAUACACAGAAACACAAAAAUACAGAUUUAUCUAUUGUUACCACAAAUUGUAAUACAAAUUUAUUGUCUGAUAUGUCUAAUGAAAAAGUAUCAAUAUCUUAUAUACAUAUUAAGAAUGAAUUAAAGAAGCAAGAUUUAAAUUCCAAAAAAAAUCCUGAGAUUGAUUUUAUUAAUAAUCAAAAUUUAAAAGAUAAAUGUUUGGAUGAGAAAAUGCAUAGAAAAUUUUCAGAAGAAAUGCAAAUUGUUCCAUGGACCUCACAAGACAUAAAAAAAAUGGAUGUUCAAAAUUCUGAAAAAAAGAAAAUAUUACCAAAAAUAAUAAAUAAUAUUCUAAUUAAAAAUAUAAUAAUAUUAGUAAAGGAACGUGAUAAUAAUAGUACACAGAUAUCAAAUAAUUCACAGCAUAUGAAUUAUUCUACAGGAAUAGUAUCAAAAGUAGACAUUAAUGAGAGUUCCUUGAUUGAAGUAUCUAAUAGAGUAGCCGAGCUGACAGUAGAUAAUGUACAUAAGUUUAUUGAAAAUCACGAACAGAGUUAUUUGUUGCAACUAAUUAAUAAUUCAUCAAAUGUAACUGAUAUAAAUGUCUGUAACUCAGUUAAUGAUAAGUAUACUAAUACAAUGUUACAAAUUAAAAAAGAUGAUAGAUCUGUUUCUCAUAAAAAAAGAAACUGGUUUGGGCAAAAUGAAGAAAUGCUAUUGAAUAAGACUGGUAAUAAAAAAUUUAAACUCGAUAGGACAUAUAUACAACAAAAAAGUUUCAGUAUGAAAAAUAAUUUUCUAUUUAACAGUAAUAACUCUAAUUCAUUUUCCAAAUGUGAUAACGUAAAUGUAACUGAUAAUAAUGUGUUACAAAAUACAGAUAAUCAUAUAACUUUGAAUUCUAAUAAUGAUACUAAUAGUAAUACUUCAUAUAAAAUACAAAUUAUGCAAGAAUCAAUGAAGGCUGGUUUUGAUACAAAGAAGGAUGUUUCUAAUAGUUCAUACACAAUAUUUGAUUUAGAUAAUGAAAAGAAUGAAUCGAUACCAACGAAAGAAUAUAGUACAAAUACAGAAAAUACUAAUGAAGACAAUUUGAAUGAAGAUAGAAUAUCAGCUUGUAGCAUACAACUAAAUGACCAAAAGCAAGUAGAAAAUAGAACACAAGGUGAUAGUAGUGACGAUGAUUGUAUUUCCUUAUAUGCCGAAACAUUCACAUCUCGAGAUGAGACUUUUAUAUUAAAUAAUGAGACUGAAGCAAUGACUGAUUGUAAAAUGAUAAAGAAAGAUCAGAAUACUUUUGGUACAAAUAUACAACAUAAUAUUUUAAAAUGCACUAAAACAUUUGAUACUAUUGCAGAACCAGAUAUUUCAAUAAAUAAAGAAUUUUCAAAUUCGGAGGACAUAAUAAAAUAUGACAAUAUACAAAGAAGUCAUAUUUCUUCUACGGAAAUAUUACUUGCUAAUUCUAAAACUAUUACUUCUAUUGAUUCUGUUUCAGUAAAUAAUAACAAAGACUCGCUUCUUAAUAGUAAUUGUAAUGCAUACAAUGCUAAUAUUGUUUCUAAUGAUAAAACUGUAAUUCAACAUAUUGAGAAAAUACAACCAUGGAAAUAUAAGAUAUAUAUAAAGGGAUAUUGUUAUGGAAUGAUAAAAAAUGGUCUUUGCUUUAAAAAGAAGUGUUAUUACGAACAUGAUUUACAAAAAUUAAUUAAUAAAAUUAUUUAUAAAUAUAAACAACAUCUUACGGAUAUAAUAGAUUAUUUAUGGUCUUUGGGACAUAUAUAUCUUGUAGAAAUACUAUAUAUUCGUAUUGUAGAAGAGCUUGAUAUAACUUCUAUUAUGAAUAUAUAUGAAAAGUUUUAUUUACAAAAAAAAGUACAUUUACAAGUUAUUUCUGCUACUAUAAGAGCAUUCUUGAAUAAAGGAAUGAAUCCAAGUCAUGUAAUGUUUACGUAA